AUGGCGGCCGUAAUGCCCAGCACGGGAUACACGCCACAUCCAACCAAAAUGAUGAAGGCAGCACAGUGGAUGGGCACUGGAACAGUCGAAGUGGGAGUCGUGCCCAAGCCCAAGAUCACAGAGCCCGAGGACGCCAUCGUGCAAAUAACCCACUGCACAAUCUCCGGUUCAGACAUCCAUCUAUACGACGGCGAGCUCAAAGACGCAAUGAAAAAAGGCGACAUCCUCGGCCAAGAAGCCAUCGGUCUUGUCGAAGAAGUCGGACCGAAUGUCAAAUCCCUCCAAGCCGGUGAUCGGGUUAUCAUCCUACCCGUUAUUUCAUGCGGCACCUGCGAUUAUUGCCAGCGACAGGAGUACUCGCUUUGUGAUAACACAAACCCAUCCAAGGAAAUGGAAGCCGCAUAUGGCCAUCGACUCAGCGGGAAGCUGGGAUACAGUCGCUUUUGUGGUGGGUAUCCAGGUGACCAGGCGGAGUACUGCCGCGUGCCGCAUGCGGACUUGUCGUGUGUCAAAGCGCCGGAACAUAUCGAUGCGCGGAAAUUACUCGGUUUGACGAACGUCGUCACUACCGCUUGGCAUGCGCUGGAGUUGGCUGAGGUGCAGGAAGGCGAUGUGGUGGGUGUAUGGGGUUGUGGGCCUAUUGGUCUUACUGUGCAGCGACUAGCGAAGCUCCGUGGGGCGAAGAAGAUCUAUGCUAUGGAUAAGGAUGCUCAACGACUCCGGAUUGCCGAGGAUUUUGGAAUGAUUCCUGUUGAGGUGGAUGCUCAUCCUGAUGUGGCGGAGUACAUUCUGUCGAUUGAGGACCAUGGCCUUGAUCGGUCUAUUGAGGCGAGCGGGUACCGUAGUUCGCAGAAAGCCGAAUAUCCGGCUAUGCAGGCCAUUGGGCUCGAAAGCGAUAGUAGUGAUACAUUAUCAGCGAUCAUCAAGGCAACCCGCAAGGGUGGUAAUGUGGCAUUGGUUGGGGAUUUCUUCUUCACGACGCAUAAUUUCCCGAUUGGGCCUUUGAUGCAGAAAGCGCUGACAGUGCGCGGGGGUCAAACGUGGCCACAAAAGUAUUAUCCGUUCUUGAUGGAUCUGGUGGUGCAAGGAAAACUCGAUACGUCAUGGCUGUUCACGUAUGUGGAUGAAUUCGAGAACAUCGCCGACAUGUACCAGAAGUUCUCGCAUCAUGAGGUCCCAGGCAGACUGAAAGUGUGUUUAGUGACAGCCUUUGGACGCAGCCAACAGAUGCAAUCCUACAGCGACCUGCCUGUCCAUCGCCUGGGUGCUGAUUCUGAUAUUGAUGAGUACCGUCCCCCGCAGGGAUUAGCAACCCCACAUUUCUUCAUCAUGUUCCCCCCGCCACCCAUUGCCCUCGAUUGGAAUAACCUGGGAUUUAAAGUCCGGGAUGGCAACGGCCAUGUCGAAAUUCACUUCUCCCAUAGCGGUGAGAACAAGUGGUCGGCACCGCAAUUCGUCGCUUCACCCUUCAUACCAGUGCAUGGAAUGGCCCCAGGCCUAAACUACGGUCAGCAAGUCUAUGAAGGCCUUAAAGCCUUCCGCCACCCAGCCAACAACAAAAUAACCGUCUUCCGCCCCGACCGUAACGCCAAGCGUAUGCAGUAUUCCGCUAAAGUAGUCUCCAUCCCUCCCGUUCCGGAGGAUCUGUUCAUCGAGUGCGUACGGUUAGCAGUCGGUGCAAACGCCGAGUAUGUGCCACCGCACGACUCCGGCGCCGCGAUGUAUGUCCGACCUAUGCUCUUCGGCUCCUCUGCACAGUUGGGACUAAGUCCGCCGGACGGGUACACGCUGGCCGUGUUUGCCAUGCCAACUGGCGUUUACCACGGGGCUAGCGCAGUUGAUGCGCUAAUUUUGGAGGAUUUUGAUCGCUGUGCACCGCAUGGAACUGGCUCUGCUAAAGUUGGUGGAAAUUAUGCGCCGGUGUUGCGGCACAGUGACCGGGCGCGGCGGGAAGGGUUUGGGAUUACCCUUCAUUUGGAUAGUGCGACUCGCACUGAAGUUGAUGAGUUCUCGACUUCUGCUUUCAUUGGAGUGAAGCGUGACGGAGAUCAGAUCACGGUGAUCCAGCCGGAUAGCCGCAAUGCGAUUGACUCUGUUACGGCGGCGUCGGUAUUGGAAAUUGCCCGGAAGUUGGGGUAUCGGGUGGAGAAGAGGCGGGUUGCUUAUGAGGAGCUGCGGGAGUUCGAUGAGGUUAUUGCUGCUGGUACGGCGGCGGCGUUGGUGCCUAUUGGUAGUAUUACGAUGCAGUCCCGUGGUGAUAAGUUUGAGUAUCGUUGCGGUGCCCAGAAGGAAGGUGGUGAGGUUUGCGUUCGGUUGCUGCAGACGCUUCGUGGUAUACAAUCUGGAACUGUUGAGGAUACCUUCGGUUGGAACUAUGAGGUGCAGGCACCACCGAAGGGAUGGGCACAGCAAGGGCAGGAGGUGAUUGAGCUGAGUGGUGCCAAUGUCCCAUAA